AUGGAACCCAAAUCGAAAGCAGAACGCCUAGUCCUUAGCUUCCCGGCAACGGCAGCUAAUUAUCCUAAAGCCAUCGAACAACUAAGAGAGCGCUUUGGACGCGAAGAUUUACUUGUGCAAAUCUAUGUGAGAGACUUGUUAAGCCUAGUGAUGAAGAACGCUGUAACCGGAAGAGCAAAAACUGAUCUACCCUCCCUGUAUGAUGAACUAGAAGGAAAAUUGCGAGCGUUGGAAAGUUUGGGGAGAACCCAAGAAAAAUAUGGGGAUUUUUUGACCCCCUUAGUGGAAAGUUGCUUACCAGAAGAAGUAUUGAUGGCAUGGGAAAGAAGCAGAAAUCACGACUCCAUUGAAACUAAAGGGACUCGAUCUUUGCAACAUUUAAUGAAUUUCUUAAAACAGGAAGUCAAGGGAGAAGAGAUGGUUCAUCUCGCAAGAACUGGUUUCGCUUCCCAACAGAACCAUCGGAAGAAAGACUUUAACCACGAACAGGUAAAGCAAAAUGAACCCGUAACAGCAUCAGCUCUAGUAAGUCUUGAGAAUUCAG